UGUGUUGGUAUACAGUGUGAUGAGCUCGGAACACUACAUUGCAACGCCGAGACUAAUGCGACGUCGUCUGUAUCAACAAGUGAAACGAAAUCGUGUCAAACUGAUGAAGGAGCGAUCGUGCCAGCAUUGGAGAACAAGUUACUGGAAUACAAGGAUACAAUGACGGAGCUUGAGUGUUCUGUGAAAGAGCUAUCUUCUGAAAACACGAGGCUGAUAUCAAUUGUGCAGGAGAAGGAAGCUAAGAUAGUUUCUCUGCUAGAUCAAUCAAAGCUGUUGAAUGCCGAUAUUGCUAAGAAAGAUGAUUUCAUUUCCCAUGCUUUACGGGCAUUAUCGACUAUAAAAGAAAGCACUGGACAAGAAAGCGUCUCUAUCCCAGAGCAUUGCGUUGAUGGUGAACAACUAGAUAAGGAAGCUCUUAUGAUCUCGGAAUACAUUUCAAGAGCUCGAACCACAAUUUCUAAGGCCUUUGAUGAGAAGGCCGCUACAGAAAUGUUGGUGUCAGAAUCUCCAGGCAAAAGUUGA